AUGUUCCAGGAAUCCUUCCGCCAACAUGGCAAACGAGCACCUCAAAGGCAUCAGCGUCCCGAGUCUGACAGCGAUGCUGCGGCUCAAACUCCAACCCCUCCAUCUACCACGGCCGAUAUGACUACUCCGACGACUUCAGCGGCGACCACAGCAGGGCCGGACACGGCUACAGACAUGCCGCAUGCCCUUUUCGUCUACCCAACGCUCUCGAUGACGCUGAACAACAUCGAUGAGGUACAGCUCGGCUAUAGAAGCGUCUGGGGCAGUGUGAACCUCACCGUGUUUUGUGAAAUGGGUGAAGCCUCGAAUGAAUUCUCAUUAGCAAGGAUGAAUAAAUUGCAAUCGAAUGGCACCUAUGCGAUUGCGCCCAUCCAAGCAGGGAUGCAAAUACCUCACUUCCCUACCUACUGCAACUUCAUGCUCUGCGAUGCGGAGAACAGUACGGACUAUACCACGGGUGCUGGCUUCACGAUGAUCAGCACCAAGGGAAUCGCAACGACCUAUGCCCUCGCCGUCACACAAGCGGCAACUACUUCGCCAUCGGGAGUCAACUCGCCCAUAUCGACAGUAAGCCAUACGGAGUCGACUCUGACAGGCGCCGCUGCUGUAACGUCUUCGACAGCCGUCCAGACUGCUGUGCCCUCUAGCAGUCAUUCCGACGUCCUGAGUAGUGGUGCUAAAGCUGGCAUCGCUAUCGGCGUCAUACUUGGCGUCGCUCUGAUUGUCGCGGCCUUCUGCUUUAUCCGAAUAAAAAGGCGCAUCGACAAAUUAGAGACCAUGGUCACCUUGAGAAGUACGGCAUCUUCAGUCGAUCGAACGCCGUCUGAAAAAGGUACCACGGCUGGCGUUGUAGCAACGCCAACAGCCGUGGCAGCCUCACCCUCACCGCCACCGGACGGCUGUGGCCCUCGAAUCGAAGUGUUCAAGAUUGGUGAUAGUCAUCGAAACUCGGAAGACUGGAGACGCUUUUUCGGCAAUGGCAAAGCCCCGAAGCCAGUGGCCCCAUCUUGA